AUGACGUCCAGCGCCAAGCGAACGAAGCGAGGUACGAGUCCCGACCGAGUGACCCCAUGUUCAACUCAAGUGUUCGUUCAUGUCCAUCUCCAUUUCCAUCCCUGGAAAGCAUCUCACCAUCACGAAAUCGACAGAACUACACCUACACCUCCACCUCCACCUCUACCUCCACCGCCACCUCCAUACCAUCUCCCUCCACAAGAACAACAGCGGCAAUACACCACCGAAAAUCCUGCGAACGUUCUUCCUUUGGCGCAUAGUCCAAGGCGCAGCUUGCCAGCUGUUCCCAUUGUUACUGGCCUCGAGUUUCCAUAUCCUGCGUAG